AAUCUAGGUUUUGUAAAAAUGAUAACAACUCCUUCUUAACACCCAUACUUCAUAGAAACAAUUCUUUAUUUCAUAAACCUGUUGUUCUUCAGCAAUAUCAACAUCAACAGAUAAGCAUUAUGCUUUCUCUACUUUUAUUUUUUUUUGUACUCUUACAGUAUAUUGUCAUUCUGGAAACCUUUCUUUUCUGGUCAUUGCUUAGGAGAUGUUAAUUCAUUUUGAAAGAACCUUUGGUAUUUACUCCAGAAUGAAUGUGAAAACAAAAGUCUGUGUGUGAGGCUCAAGUCCUCAUUAGCAAACUAAGCACAUUAGGGUUGCCUCAAAGGAAGCUUCAAAACAAAUGUUCUAAAGCAGCGGUUCUCAAUCCUCUUCCUCACGUCACCCUACUCUGCACCUCCCUCUCUCUCUCUCUCUCUCUCUCUCUCUCUCUCUCUCUCUCUCUCUCUCUCUCUCUCGUCAGAUUAGCUCAAACAAACUGUUCCAGUUAUACACUUGUUUUCACAAAGCAAUGAAUGAGUUUUAUAAACGGGUGCGCCUACGGUUCCUGUGCUGUAUUAAAGCUUUAAUCAGAAUAAAACCGUAUUUAACAGAACCAGUAGGAUUUACAAACAACAGAGUAUCUAAAAGUAUGAGACAACAACAAACAAACAUACUAUUAAGAGCCAUGCUUGCACAGGUUCUGCAUGAGACUCUUCAUUAAUAUUCUCUGCGGCUCAAGGGGUGGAAUGUUCCUCAUCUUCUUCUUCUUCUUGAAAUUUUAUUGGCACUUUACAAAAAAAAAAAAAAUGGAUAUCCACCACCAACUGAUAUUGAGUGUGGAUCAAAAUUAAUUACUCACUUCCCCCACAUUUUUUAAUAAUAUAAAAACAGGUUCAUACGCACUCGAGGUGGUUUAGUGAAUCACAACACACUGAGCCAGCUGACUUUUUAUCAGCCCAUUGCAUAUAAUUGAGUGCACCCCAUGAAGCAUAAUUAAGCUUUGAAAACAAAACAGUACACCACCCCUUUAAACAGCUUAGUGCUAUUGGUUCGGUUGAUGCUGUCUCUCAGUGUUUAGUAUGCUUGUACAGCAGUCAAACAUGGCGGUACGUUUGUUCGAGGAUAAAGAACAUGCAGACACAUACUGGAAGUACCGAAUUUCUCCUUCUGAAGAGCUCAUCGACAAGGUUCUACAGUUCCACAGGAGUAAUACCAAUUCAGCCAAUGACCUGGCAGUAGAUGUUGGUUGUGGGUCAGGACAGGGAACACUGCUCUUGGCACCACAUUAUACUUGUGUGGUAGGGACAGACAUCAGUCCUGCUCAACUGGAGAUGGGGAGGAAACAUGUUAAUAUGCCAAAUGUCUCUUACAGGGAGAGUCCAGCUGAAGAACUGCCUUUUGAAGAUGGCUCUGUGGAUCUUGUGACGGCCAUGUCUGCGUUCCAUUGGUUUGACCAUUCGCGUUUUCUUCAGGAGGCUCACAGAGUGCUUAAGCCUCAUGGCUGCCUCGCAGUUCUCAACUACAUCAUGGACAUGGAGCUGAGCUACGGAGACUGCUCGGAGACUUUAAACCACAUCUGUAAUGAGUUUUAUGCAGCCUUGCAGCCUUUCCGGAACCCUUACCUAAGAUCCAGCUCUUUCGAACUUUACAAAAAAACACAUGACUCUCUCCAGUAUCCAGACAAAGAAUGGCAGGACAUUUUUUGGGUGAGGAAGCCUGUCCCGCUCUCUGGCUACAUCGGCAUGGUGGAAUCUUUCUCCAGUUUCCAGGCUCUCUUAAAAAAGGAUCAAGAAGAGGCCAGACGACUCUCACAGGACACUGAACACAGACUGCUGCAUGCAAUGGGUGUGACAUCCUCGGAGACAGAAGUGAUCAUGGGAGUUAAAUACUUCUAUUUUCUAGCCCGCAAGCCUGCAAAUGACUGAUUUCUUUCUUUAAAUUGUAAUUUUAGAUCUUUUUAUUAGUUUAUAUUUCGAUAUGAUUAUCUGGGUUACUAAUUUCCAUAACCAUCGAGUUUCAUAACCAUCAAAUAAAAAGUUAUAAAAUAUAUUUAUUUUUCUUACACUUUCAAUAAUAAUAAUAAAAAA